AUGGCGUCCAACGCAGACGCCAAGCCGGUUAUCAUGAAUGAAGAGGAGCUGAAGAGGAAGCAGAGGGAGAAGCUGAAGAAGCUGCAGGCCACAGGGGGAAACCCUCGACCUGCCAGAUCCCUCUUCCUCCUCACCCUCAAAAAUCCUUUCCGGAAGGCUUGCAUCAGCAUUGUGGAGUGGAAAACCUUUGAGAUCAUCAUCCUACUGACCAUCUUUGCAAACUGUGUCGCCUUGGCUGUGUUCCUGCCCAUGCCUGAAGAAGACAGUAAUAACACCAACACAAGCUUGGAGAGUUUGGAGUAUAUCUUCCUGAUCAUAUUCACGUUAGAAUGCUUUCUGAAGAUAGUGGCGUAUGGGUUAGUGUUCCAUGAAGGCGCCUAUUUACGGAACUGUUGGAACAUAUUGGACUUUGUCAUCGUCUUCAUGGGUCUCUUCACCUUUGCCUUGGAUACCAUCAAUAAGAUAGCAGGUGUGCCGAUGGAGAAGGGUGGGGGGUUUGACAUGAAGGCACUGAGAGCCUUCAGAGUGCUGCGGCCCUUACGUCUCGUCUCUGGAGUCCCCAGCCUGCAGGUGGUGAUGAACUCCAUCCUCAAAGCCAUGCUGCCUCUGCUGCACAUCGCCCUGCUGGUCUUUCUACUCGUCACCAUCUAUGCCAUCAUGGGGCUGGAGCUCUUCAAGUGCAAAAUGCAUAAAACCUGCUAUUAUACUGCCACAAAUAUCUAUGCCACAGCAGAAAAUGAGCACCCUGCACCCUGUGCUCAGGCUGGUAACGGACGCCGCUGCAUGAUCAAUGGCUCUGAGUGCCGGCCAGGCUGGGUGGGUCCCAACAAUGGCAUCACCCACUUUGACAACAUUGGCUUUGCCAUGCUUACAGUCUACCAGUGCAUCACCAUGGAGGGAUGGACCAAAGUGCUCUACUGGGUUAACGAUGCCAUAGGAAACGAAUGGCCCUGGCUCUACUUUGUUCCCCUCAUUCUAAUUGGCUCCUUCUUUGUGCUCAAUCUGGUUCUGGGCGUGCUCAGUGGAGAGUUCACCAAAGAGCGAGAGAAGGCCAGGUCACGUGGAGAGUUCCAGAAGUUGCGAGAGCGUCAGCAGCUGGAUGAAGACCUGCAUGGCUACAUGGAGUGGAUCACUCACGCUGAAGUCCUGGAUGCCGACCGAGAGGGCAAAGGACUCCUGCCUUUAACCAGUGGAGACUCUGACACAGACAGCCUGUAUGACCUGGAAGGCAAGAGUCGAAUCGUGUACUACUAUCGCCUGGGCCGUCGCUGGAACCGUUUCUUCAGGAUGAAGUGCCUGGUGUAUGUGAAAACUAGGGGCUUUUACUGGCUAGUCAUGUUCCUCGUCUUCCUCAACACCCUGACCAUAGCAACAGAGUACCACCACCAGCCUGAGUGGCUCACUUCUCUACAAGAUGUGGCCAGUCGUGUUCUGCUGGUGCUGUUUGUUAUAGAGAUGUUUGUGAAAAUGUAUGCUCUGGGUCCACGAGCAUAUUUCAUGUCUCUGUUUAACCGUUUUGACUUCUUCGUGGUGCUGUGCGGUAUCCUGGAGAUGAUCAUGUUCUCCGCAGGGGCUGUGGCUCCCCUGGGUUUUUCAGUCCUCAGGUGUAUCCGACUGCUGAGGAUCCUUAAAGUUACAAAGUACUGGACCUCUCUGAGUAAUCUCGUGGCCUCUCUCCUCAACUCUGUACGCUCCAUCGCUUCCCUGCUCCUUCUUCUCUUCCUCUUCAUCGUCAUUUUCUCACUCCUGGGCAUGCAGGUGUUUGGGGGGAAAUUCAACUUUGAUGACCACAAACCCAGACGCAGUAACUUUGAUAACUUCCCUCAGGCCCUCAUCAGUGUGUUUCAGAUCCUAACAGGAGAGGAAUGGACCACCGUAAUGUACGAUGGCAUCAUGGCACAUGGAGGGCCUGACUUUCCUGGCAUCCUGGUCGCCAUCUACUUUAUCAUCCUGUUUGUCUGUGGAAACUAUAUCCUUCUAAAUGUAUUUUUGGCCAUCGCUGUCGACAACCUGGCAGAGGCUGAAAGUCUGACUUCGGCUCAGAAAGAAAAGGCGGAGGAGAAGUUAAGGAGAAAGCUUUUAAGGUCCAAGAUGCCUGAAAAGACUGAUGAGGAGAGGGAGAGGAUGGCCAAGAAACUGGCAGAGCAGAGAGCCAAGAUGGAGGGCAUGCCCACCACAGCCAAGCUCAAAAUUGACGAGUUUGAGUCCAAUGUCAAUGAAGUGAAAGAUCCAUUCCCACCUGCUGACUUCCCAGGUGAUGACGAGGAGGUCGAGCCCGAAAUCCCCAUUAGCCCUCGGCCCCGACCGAUGGCUGACCUGCAGCUGAAGGAAGAGGCCGUUCCGUUGCCUGUAGCCAGCUCCUUUUUCAUUUUUGGCCCUCAGAACAAGUUCCGUAAACUGUGCUACAAGAUCAUCAACGCCUCUUCCUUCACCAACUUGAUCCUUUUGUUCAUCCUGCUCUCCUCCAUCUCCCUGGCAGCUGAGGACCCCAUUGAUCCCAAGUCCUACAGAAACCAGAUUUUGGCUUAUGCUGACAUUGUCUUCACAUCAGUGUUCACCAUUGAGAUCGUACUAAAGAUGACAGUUUAUGGAGCGUUCAUGCACGAGGGGUCCUUCUGCCGUAACUCCUUCAACAUCCUGGAUCUGAUUGUGGUCGGCGUCUCUCUGCUUUCUAUGGGGAUGGAAUCCAGCGCUAUCUCUGUGGUGAAGAUUCUCAGGGUGUUGAGGGUGCUGAGGCCUCUCAGGGCCAUCAAUAGAGCCAAGGGCUUAAAGCAUGUGGUCCAAUGUGUGUUUGUGGCCAUCAAAACCAUCGGCAACAUCGUCCUGGUCACCAUGCUGCUGAAUUUCAUGUUUGCCUGUAUAGGAGUGCAGCUCUUCAAGGGUAAAUUCUACAGCUGCACAGACGGGUCAAAAAUGACAGAGGAGGAAUGCCAUGGAUUCUUCGUGAAGCACAUAGAGAAUUCCCUCCAAGACGAAGUGUUGGCUAAGAGAGAAUGGCUCAACAGUGACUUCAACUUUGACAAUGUGCUCUAUGGCAUGCUGGCUCUCUUCACUGUCUCCACAUUUGAGGGCUGGCCAAAGCUGUUAUACAGAGCCAUCGAUUCAGACCAAGAAGACAAGGGCCCCGUCUUCAAUAACCGCGUGGAUGUGUCCAUCUUCUUCAUCAUCUACAUCAUCCUCAUUGCCUUCUUCAUGAUGAACAUCUUUGUGGGCUUUGUCAUUGUCACUUUCCAGGAGCAGGGCGAGGAGGAGUAUAAGGACUGUGAGCUGGACAAGAACCAGCGCCAGUGUGUGCAGUACGCCCUGAAGGCCCGACCUCUGAGGUGCUACAUCCCCAAAAACCCCUACCAGUACAGAGUGUGGUACAUUGUCACCUCCUGCUACUUUGAAUACCUCAUGUUCUUCCUGAUUAUGCUCAACACCUUGUGUCUGGGGAUGCAGCACUGUAACCAGUCGGACCAUGUGACCAAACUAUCAGACACUCUGAACUUGAUCUUCACCGUGCUCUUCACUGUGGAGAUGAUUCUCAAGCUGAUGGCCUUCAAAGCGAGGGGCUACUUUGGAGACCCUUGGAACGUGUUUGACUUCAUCAUUGUCGUCGGUAGCGUUGUUGACGUCAUCCUGAGUGAAGUUGAUACCGCCCUGGCCGCCAGUGGAGGACUGUACUGUCUCCAUGGCUGUGCUGAGACAAAUCCUAUGCAAGCGAUUGCGGCUUCUGAAAAUGCCUCCGUUUCCAUCACGUUCUUCCGACUCUUCCGUGUCAUGCGUCUAGUCAAGCUGCUGAACCGUUCGGAGGGCAUCCGUAACCUGCUGUGGACCUUCAUCAAGUCCUUCCAGGCUCUCCCUCAUGUAGCUUUGCUCAUCGUGAUGCUUUUCUUUAUCUACGCUGUCAUCGGGAUGCAGAUCUUUGGAAAGGUAGCCCUAGUGGAUGGGUCUCAAAUCAACCGCAACAACAACUUCCAGACAUUCCCUCAGGCUGUUCUGAUGUUAUUCCGGUGUGCUACUGGAGAGGCUUGGCAGGAAGUCAUGAUGGCUUCCAUGUAUGGAAAGAAGUGCGACCCCAAGUCUGACUUCCUGCCAGGAGAGGAGUACACCUGCGGGUCCAACUUCGCUGUCUUCUACUUCCUCAGCUUCUACUGUCUCUGUGCCUUCCUGAUCCUCAACCUGUUCGUAGCUGUCAUCAUGGACAACUUUGACUACUUGACCCGUGAUUGGUCUCUUCUUGGUCCACACCAUCUGGAUGAGUUUAAGAAGAUCUGGGCUGAAUAUGACCCUGAAGCCACGGGGAGAAUUAAACAUCUGGACGUGGUGACGCUGCUGCGACGCAUCCAGCCUCCACUGGGCUUUGGCAAGUUCUGUCCUCAUCGAGCUGCAUGCAAGCGUUUGGUUGGCAUGAACAUGCCUCUGAACAGUGAUGGCACCGUCACCUUCAAUGCCACCCUGUUUGCUCUGGUCAGAACUGCACUCAAGAUCAAAACAGAAGGUAACUUUGAGCAGGCCAAUGAGGAGCUGAGAGCCAUUAUAAAGUCAAUCUGGAAACGCACCAGUAUGAAACUGUUGGACCAGGUCAUCCCCCCAAUAGGAGAUGAUGAGGUGACCGUGGGGAAGUUCUACUCCACCUUCCUGCUACAGGACCAUUUCCGUAAGUUCCUGAAGCGUCAGGAGGAGUACUAUGGCUACCGGCCCUCAAAGAAGAGUUCCUCAGGCCCAGAGAUCCAGGCGGGCCUGAGGAGUAUAGAUGAAGAGGUGGCUCCAGAGAUGCAUAGGGCCAUUUCAGGAGACCUGCAGAAUGAGGAAGAGAUGGACAGAGCUAUGGAGGAGGCUGGGGAAGAGGCUCCCCACCAGCGUAUGCACGGUCUGUUUGGUAACCGGGGGGAAGCUUACUCUGCUGAGCCUGUCGACGCUCAGCCCCAGCAGAUGACCAACCAGCGGCCACUUAAGUUCUCAGAGAGCCAGUCUGAGUCUCCACCAGACUCUGGUGCCUUGGAGCCCACUACUGAAUUUUUCCCCACAAGUGCACCAAAAAGCAACACUAACAACAACGCCUUUGCAGAAUUUUCAUUUGAAAGAGAAGGUACACCUGAAGAGUUUUACAACCCCAGUGAGGAUGCUGAGCCAGACAACAUGCGCUCCUGGAACUUCACAGUGAGAACAGACAGAACACAGUUCCCUUAUGAACCUGACUAUGACCGUACCGCAGCUGAUCAGCUCAUCCACGAGGCUCUCGUGCAGGGCGGUCUGGGCACUCUGGCCGAAGACCCCCGCUUUGUCUCUGUGGCUAAGCAAGAGAUGGCUGAUGCCAUGCGCACAACUGUGGAUGACAUGGAAAGCGUAGCUCAGGGCAUCCUCAGCGAACGUGCCGCCAGCACCACUUCUGUCAAAAAGAGACGCCCCAUCCCCGUCCCUCCUUCUCCUCCUGCCCCUGCUGUGGCAGCACAGGAAACAGACCAGCCAGAUCCGGCAGUGAGGAGAAAGAGACGUCCAAUCCCCUCAGUUCCCUCCGUACAGAAGCCAGCUGAGGCCGGCUCCAACGUUUAG